GUUAAUCGAAGUGACCGGUGAGUAUGCUGUGAGUCAGAAACCCGCUUUAGAAAACAAUUGUCGCUUUUUUUUGGAUAAAGCCAAAUUGGGAAACCAAGUCAACAACCAUGAACAACUUUGUUGUCCUUCCCAAAACGCCCAAAUCAGUAAAGCUAAAUGUCAGGAAUUUGCGUGAGCUGCAUAUUGAGACGGCGCAGCUCAGCCAGGACAACAAGGACAUGGAGAACCGUCUGCACCAACUCCGAGAGGUCAUGAGCCGUGAGAAAGAGGAGAGAGAGAAGAAUGGUGCUUUUCACUGGAAAUCUGCUCAGACCGAAUAUGGGACAAGGGACAAAGAGAAAAAGCUAAACAACAAAACUUCCCGAAGCAAGAUGAAAAUAAAGGUGCUGAAGGAUGAACCUCUGCCAGUUCAAAGGGUGCCUGUGCCUCCACCUCCAAAGAAUGGAUGGAACAGAACAUCCAGGCUCAAAGGAAAAGCCUGUGGCCAAUGUGAAGCUCAAACCGCUGGACUUGUGUGUGCAGAAUGCGCUGAGGAUUACUGUGUCGGCUGCUUUGCUAAAUUCCACCAGAAGGGGGCACUAAGGUUCCAUCACAUCAUUCCCAUGAAGGCUGAGCUACAUACCUCCAUCAGCACAGUGGAUGUGGUGAAUCGUUUUCAGAAGAAGCGUGACAGUGAAGAAGAGGAAGAUUGUUGGUCGAAUCAUGGUUGUGACAUGGGAACAGAUCCAGAAUGCAGAGCAACAUCUACACUUCUCCAGCCUGUUUGUGAUAACCAGAUGCACAAUACAGAAGUGUUGACUGUGAGUGAUCUGGAUCAGAAGAAUGAAGACUCUUUACUGAGAGGCAAUUUUGAUGAAGAGGAAUCUUCCAGAUGUUUUCAGCAAGCUCUGAAUGAGUGGAGAGCAAGCAACACACAUGGUGACAGGGAACAUCAAGAACCCAACCACAAUGUACAAACUGCUCGACCAGUAAGCAUGGAGGUGAUGGGGACUCAGGUUCAAGGAGGAACUCACAUACGUAUUGAGUUUAAGGACCAUGGAUUAAGCUACAUGGAACGGCUGCUGCUGAAGAAACACCGCAGAACACGGACUGAAUCUUUCCAGUUGCUUUCCACCCCAAGAUCUACACAGGAACUGAUUACAGACACUCGUGUACAACCUGUUGAAGAGAUUCAUGAGUCUCGUGAACUAACUGCUGAGGAGAUGGAUCUACACCAUUACUGCAUCUCUCUUUUCGCUGUCUCCAGCUCAGCAGAAGCAAAAGUAGUGAAUAACAUUUUCAAACCAUGCCUGAGUAUCACAGAGAUAGAUGAGACAGCAGGAGACCCUCUGGUAGAUGCUUUCUUUGGAGUCAAGCAGAGAGAUAAAAAAGAGAGCAGAGAAGUAGAUGCUUUAGCGAUGCCUUCCCAUGCAGAAGUUCUGCAUCCAGCAAAGCCACUGGAUUACUCACUAACAACUCAAACACUGGCUGAUGAAGAAAAACUGAAUGCGUCAGUAGAAUCAUUCCCACAAUCAAUACCAUCUGAACAGCUCUUGCCAUCACUCGCUUACCAUAAUCUUCACAAAUCUGGGGAUAUCUCCACUUUAAAAUACUCUAAAACCAUUGAACAUUGUAAGGAACAUGCACUUCACGAACCACAAUUACCAAAACUUCUAAAACCACAGGUAUCAAAAUAUCCGUCAAAGUCCAAGUCAGCACUCAACUGUACAACACAGGUUUCGGAUUCCUGCUCUUCUACUUCUCCUCAAACCUAUAGUCCAUUAAUUUCCACAUCAGUUCAGUGUCAGCAACCAGCGUUCCCUGUUUCCUGCAGCCCACAACUGAGUCUCACUCAUCCUGAAUGCUAUCAAAUGAAAUCUAACACUCUAAAUCUCACAAUGCCUGUCCAGUCAGAAGAAGUGGUUGAGUGUCAAAAAAAGUCACCUGGUUUCUCACAAAGAUUUUUUAAAUCUGAUAAUGAAACAAUGCUAAUUCAGUUCUUACAAUCACCACCAUUGGACAAAGUUUCAUCCCUCACUCCUCAUGAAUGUCAAAAAACAGCUACUUCAGCUAUUUUAAACAGCUCAGCACCUGCCUCAGUAAGGUCACAUCAUCAGGGGAAACACACUCUUCAAAGACACAAUGAUUUUCACAAUCCACAUUCCCCCAAAGAGCCAUCUUCAGCAAUAUCCAAAUCAGCAGUGGACUGGGAUCCCUCCCUAUCUCAUUCUCUGCAACCCCAUUGUCAAUUGCUUUCCUCAUCAGCAGCAUUUGAUGCUUCCUUCAUGCCAAAACUAAGCCCCAUAUCUCCAGAAGACGAGUGUACCAAUGUAUUUGCCAAACUUCCCAACCCAUCAUUGUGCACAUCUAUUCAAGUAGAAGAGGAUCAAAAAAUAUUUACUCAGUUAUUUCAAUCACCAAGAACUACUGACCAAAAACCUCAAACUCCAAGAUCUUCUCUGAAAGCCACAUCAACACCGAGCUUUGAUUCCUCCCAUGGCACAUCACCUUCCACAUCAAUUCAAUGCCUCUCACCAGCAGUUUCCAUUUCCCCCAGGAUAAAAUUGAGCCCAGCACCUUCAGAACUCUAUCAUAUUAGAGCUAAAACUCUGACCCCAUCGUAUACUAAAUCUUUCUCUCAAGCCCAAAGUGUUAACACUCCAUCACAGUCUCAGCCACCUUUACAGCAGCCAUCCUCAGAUGACGAGGAACCAUACUUUCUUCCUUUAGGAUCAUCAUCAUCUUCGACAAAGUCAGAAAUCCUGCAAAUCUCACCUACUCUUUGCCUGAGCUCAUCAGAUUCAGAUAUGUCAAGUGAUAGUGUUGGUAUGAUACCCACUGAUAAAGACACUUCUGAUGAAGAAAUGAGGAGAUGUGCACUGCAUGACAUGGAGUUAGAAGAGGAGAGAAACACAUCCUCUUUCCCUCCAUCUUUGUUUCCCACUGCAGCCAUUACUUUUCCCUCUCAGAGCCCCAUGACUGAAGAUCAGUCAGGCUUCUUUACCAAACCGUGCCUGGCUGUAAGCUCAUUAGCGCAGAGACACACCAGUGUUUCCACAAACUACCAAGGCCUAGAUGGCUUCUUCACAUUGGGGCUAAAUUCCAGGUCCUUUCCCCUCAGUCCGGCUCCAUCACACACUUCUUCAGAGAUACUCUCCACAAACACAGAAGCCUUUAUGUCAGUUGAUAGCAUCUGGAGGCCAGAGAGCAGCCUCCAACAUGACUCAGAGGCAAAGCUUGUUGGUGUAGUGGAUAACAACCAGCCAAUCAACAUCACCUCAAGAUCUGUUACACAAAUCAGUAAAGUGGAGCCAUCUCAGAGGCAAUCAGGUCUCUCUGCUCCAGUGACUCAGAGUGUUUCUCGUCCUUUGUGUGCAUCUCGUCCCAUUUCUCGUGCCGCUCUGGAGAUCCUGGAGGUUCAGAGUGUGGAGCAAGCUGAGAUCACACACUUCAAACAGGAUGAGGAGGAUCUGCUCACCAUCACCUGUUUGGAAGAAGAGUUCAAACAGAUGAACACUGAGCCAAAUUUAUUUAUAUUAGAUGGAACUGAAGACAGCUAAUUUUUUAAACAUAUUUUAAAAUUUUGCAACCAUAUAGUUGUAGUAGCUUUUUCUGCAACAUAAUUAGCCUUAAUGAUAAAAGAGGAAUAAAUUUUUCAUGUGCAGAUAUGAAUUCAUAUGCUCAACCCUAAUGUAACUAUUAUUUGCACUAUAAAAUAUGCCUGCAACUGCUAGCAAAAACUAGUCUUUAGUUCAUCUUAGCAUGACUGGAAAAAUGUACCUUGUUAGUUAAACAAAAAGCUGUAGAAGUGAGUAUGUAGUAGGGGUUUACUAUACAUUGUCAGUUAACAUAUAAACCUCAUAGCUUUCUACUAGAUUUUGGAACAUGACCCAGAAUGGCACAAUUGUGCAGCAGAACACUUCUGCCUUCAUUGCUGUUUCUGCCAACAUCGCACAGAAUUUAGCCAUUAGUCAGCAGAGUCCUGCUGUUUCCAUGGAUGCUCUUAGUAAUGGUUGGAACACCCUGGCAGAUUCUUCCUCAGGUAGAUGUGGUGUCCUAAAUGGACAGAUUAAGCACCCUUGUUCAGCUUACCUGCACCACUGAUUUUGCAGAACAAGCAAUAAUCUUAAACUAGCCCAUAGUACAUGGGUAUGAUGGCCAUUAGCCAAUAGACAAGACUACUUUUGGAUGUGGAAACUUCCCAAAUCUUUUUUUUUUAAUGGCUUGUAUGACUUCAGGUGAAAACUUCUGCAAAUGGUUUUCAGUCCAUUAUUUGGAUCCAUUGCACUGCACAGUUUAUUAGCCUGCCUGCAGGGACUGAUAGACAGUGAAAGGUUCCGGUCUACAUCACAUGUUUUGCAGAAUCAUAUUUGGUGUAUCACUGAGGGCUCCUGAACUUAUCUGAGUUGAUGUUCAAGUCGAUGAAGGGAUAAGGCACCUUCGUCCCCUAUGGUCAUGCAAGAUCCCAGCAUGGGGUGUUUUCCUUGUGCUGGAGUCACAGUUCCUUGUCAUGCCAGGUACACACCCUAUGGUAUUUUCAUCAUCACCAUCAUCACCAUGGUCUACAUGUGAGCCAGAUGCUUGGCCACAAUUCUGAUGUGUCACACUCUUCAGGUGCAUUACAUAGAGGUAUGCUGCUCCAGGAUGUCUGCACUAAAUAUGCUAUUUUCUGUUAGUCCUAGGGCAUGUACUAUUAAUGUGAUAUUUACAACCCCUGACAGGGAUUAAUAGAAUGUUAUUUAUAUAUUUAAUUGUGGUUCUGUCUAUACCAUACUAGAAUACUAUAAUAUUUAUUAUAUUAUGAUUUUAGUUGUCCAUGUGACUCCAUGAUAGAUAGCUAAAUAUAUAUUGCUUUAGUCAUUUGCUAAGUUAAUACGUUAAGUUAAUACAAGACCGCAUUUCCUGGAAUCUAACAAAAUUUGACUAAUUUAACAAGAAAUUAGCAAUAAAAAUAACAAAAUGCUAAAUCCAUAAACUGAAGACACAUAAAUAAUGAACAUGAUGCUGCUUUGAAAUGUCAGUAGUCCCCUGAUUAUGUCCCUGUGUCUCUUCCCAUUCCCUGUCUUUAUCCUUUUCUCUUUCUUCAUGUUCUGCAUAUCCUCUCUCAGCUCAAGUUGAAUACAUGCUUGUAAAUCCCUUUACCAUGACAAGUUAAGUAUAAUAGCAUUGAGCAUUUUCAUGUGCAUAGGCUUAGGGCUAUUGUGUGUGUGUGUGUGUGUGUGCGUGUGUCCCAAAUUAUGUGUGUAACUUGGUAUAAAAUGUAAGCAAGCCUAAAUAAUUUGGUGUCUUCUAGUAUGUGUGUGUAAUGAUAGGGCCAAAUCUGUGCUUGAGGCAUGUGAUCUGAAGUGUGUCUCUUUUGCUGUAUUAGUUUUGCUGUAUGAUGUGUAACAAGAGUGUGCCAGUCUGUGCUCUUCCAACAGGCUAUGCUACACCAAACACUUUCUUUCUUUCUUUCUUUCUUUCUUUCUUUCUUUCUUUCUUUCUUUCUUUCUUUCUUUCUUUCUUUCUUUCUUUCUUUCUUUCUUUCUUUCUUUCUUUCUCAAUGAUUCAAUGAUUUAUACUUACACUCGCUAGCUACAAUACAUCAGGUUCCCCUCCUGUCAGCCAAGAACUGGAUCUAUCUAUCUAUCUAUCUAUCUAUCUAUCUAUCUAUCUAUCUAUCUAUCUAUCUACCUACCUACCUACCUACCUACCUACCUACCUACCUACCUGUCUGUCUGUCUGCUGAAUGGAACUGGUUCAUGUUUAAAAAUUAUUUUUAGUUUACUAACAUACUCUGCUGUGUUUUUUGGGAUUGUUAUCUCUUAUUUUCUUUUCAUUCUAUCUCAACAUCCGUGAAGACUUGGCUAAAAUCUAAUAUCAGUUGCUCAGUAAAUGUAUUAGCACUGAACAUUGAAUUAUAUCACAAGCUCAACAUCAAUGUCGUAAUAGUGUGCCCUCUAUAAUGGUUGGGACAGAGGCACAUUUUGAAUUUGUACAUUUACCCUGUAGAGUAUGUGUAAUUAAAUACAUUUUGCUUUG